UGCUCAGGGAUAGAAUCGUAUUGGUAAAAGAACAACAUGAAGUCAAAUCAUACCAUUCAGGCAGCCAUAGACCUCACAGCGGGAGCUGCAGGUGGCACCGCUUGUGUAUUAACAGGACAACCCUUUGACACUGCCAAGGUGAAGAUGCAAACAUUUCCUAACCUGUACCGAGGGCUCAUGGACUGUGCAGUGAAGACGUACAAACAGAUUGGGUUCAGGGGCUUCUAUAAAGGGACCGGCCCGGCACUUAUUGCCAACAUAGCGGAGAACUCUGUGCUUUUUAUGAGCUAUGGGUUCUGUCAAAGAGUUGUACGCAACGUUGUUGGAUUAGGGAAGAACGCACCUCUAAGUAAUCUACACAAUGCGACUGCAGGCUCCAUUGCAGCUGCAUUUGCUUCAUUGGCCCUUUGUCCUACAGAGCUCGUGAAAUGUCGUCUUCAAGCCAUGCAUGAAAUGAAGUUAUCUGGGAACAUUAUAGAAGGCCAAAACACAGUGUGGUCAGUGGUAAAGAGUAUUCUACGUACAGAUGGUCCAAUGGGGUUUUAUCACGGUUUGUCCGCAACGCUGCUGAGAGAAGUGCCCGGAUACUUCUUCUUUUUUGGAGGCUAUGAAUUGGGACGCUCAUUAUUUAUAUCUGGAGAGAAAACAAAAGAUGAACUGGGGGUUCUUCCCCUGAUGAUUAGCGGAGGCAUUGGAGGGAUCUCCUUGUGGCUAGUUGUGUUUCCAGUGGAUUGUGUUAAAUCCAGAAUUCAAGUCCUUUCUAUGAUGGGAAAACAAGCAGGAUUCAUCAGGACAUUUGGAAGAAUUUUGAGAAAUGAAGGUGUGUUAGCCCUAUACUCCGGGUUGACGCCUACCUUAAUCCGAGCCUUCCCAGCAAAUGGAGCCCUCUUCGUAGCAUAUGAAUACAGCAGGAAACUGAUGAUGAAACAAUUUGAUGAAUAAUAAAGUUCUGUCUCUUACCAAAGACUUCUAAGGUUCCAAAUUACCGGCCAAACCAGGAGAGAGGAUCUGUUAUCAACAAUGAAACUCACCUCUGUAUGUCAGCCAUCUUGAGUGCAGUGCACUUUCAUUUGAUAUAUCUGGAUAUUAGUGUGCCUAGGCCAUUGCCAUACCGCAGUGCCACACCUCCCUUCUUCAAGCAGGCUGAGUGGUGUUUAGUUCCACUCACUACCCUGCCACCUCUUUCUUCAAUCCUAAGCGAUUGGCCCACUCCUGAUUGUGUGGUAACCACUACCACAGCAUUUUACACAGUUUCCUUUGGCUUACUGCCAUUAAUUUUCUCAGGUCAAUAAUUGCUAAAAUAGCUGUCACUGUCACUAGUGAUUACCGACUGUGCUACAAAACAAAACAUUUGAUGAUUGGUAACUAACGGCUGCUAAAAGUUUUAACAUCUCCCACAGAGAUUAACAAUGGCCGCUUAAAGCUAAUUGACACCUACUUUCUAUGAUAAAUGGUAAAAAUGACCAUCUGUUGCUAACUAACUAAAAAUUAUUACACCAGCCUACAGUUAGCAAUAGUAAACUUUCAAUACAUCUUAUAAUUAAAAAGAAAUAAAGUUCUAUAGCUGAAGGGACAUGCUAGGCACCAAAACAACUUAAUCCCCCAAUGUCACCAUAUUACACUGGCCAGCAUGCACACACCUAGGUAGACAGGAAAUUAUGUAGAUGGACAGGUGCGUAUUAUCGGUCCUUAGAGAUAGUCAGACUUAUCGCUGAUAGUAAAGUAACCAAGACCUGUAGGACAGGUAUGAGAAAAGUCAGAUGCAAGCCAAGGUCUGGGGCAACAGAAGGCAGUGAGUACGAGUAAACAAGCCAGUUUCUAUCAAUACAGAUAGGACAAUAUUCAAAGGCAAGCCAAAGUCAAAUAACCAGGAAUAAAUACAAGAAAAAUAACACUCUCAGAUUCACUAAAAGGGAAACCAUGACAGGGCAAAGCUA